UUUCAAGUCAUAUGAAUUUGUUGUAUCAAGUUUCCGAAAGUUUCAGCAACAGAGAGUGAUGGAGAAAUCCCGCUUUUUCGUGUUGUAUAUUUAUUUCUCCGAUAAUUAAACGUAACGUAAACAAUUUCAGUUGUGUUUGUGAAAAUUCCGUGCACCUGUCAAAUAUGACGUCUCCCAGAAAUCUAAGAAGGUCCACACGAAUAAAAGCUAUUGUGAAUUACAAUGAGAACAGCUUCGAAGAAAAACGCGAGAAAUCUCCACCGAUUAAUGCAUUGGAAACUGAAAUAGAAAAACAGCUUGAAGAUAUCAAAGAAGAUGUACAAAAGCCACUUGAACUGUUUUCAGACGAAGAUGUUAGUGGACGAAAAAUGUAUACAUUUCAAACACCAACAAAAAGGAAUAGCAUGAUGCUUAAAGCUAAUCAAUGUCGUACACCUGAGACUCCAAAAAGUCUCAAAACACUUCCAACUUUAAGAAUUGUUCUUAAUAAGAUUAUAACAAAUCCAAAUAAUAAUAAUCUGACUCCGAAAUCUAAUCUUAAGAAUCUUAAGAUAAAAAUAAUAUCUCGAAAACGAUGCUUGCCUAGUGUAAAUUCAAGUGGUGAUGAAAGUAUAUCAGAAGAGAGUGAAUAUAUACCUACAGAUAAAGAGAAUAGUUCCGAAUCAGAUGAGACAUCUGAUAGAAGCGAGGAUGAUGAAAAUUCUGAUGAGAGUGCAGAAAUCUACAAUUUUAGAAGGAAAGACAAACAAAAUGGGCUACAAAAAUCUUUACCAAAACGUGAAGUACCAAAUACACCUAGAACAAGAGGAGGACGUAAAUCUAUUGCUUACAAGGAUUAUCAUAUAAAGACUGAUGAAUACUUCGAAUCUCAAUCCGGAAAGAUAAUUACAUCGGAUCAUACAUUAGGCAGACUUCGAAAUCCUCGUCUUACUGAAGAAACAUUAGAUGAAUUAUUAAUAAAUCAAAGUCAUAUUUCUACAAUACACAAAAAACGUAUUGGUUCAUUAACAGAAAAUUAUAAAUUAUUCUUUUCUAUGUGGCAAUUCAUAAUGGAAGAAGGUUACAGUCUAUUAAUCCAUGGUCUGGGGUCAAAAAGGAAUUUAAUUAAUGAUUUUCACAAAGAGAUCAUAGCCGAUCAUCCAACAUUGGUUAUAAAUGGAUUUUUUCCCAGUUUAUCGAUAAAGGAUAUUCUCGAUAACAUAAUAGUGGAUUUACUGGGUUUAGAUUGUCCAACAAAUUUUAAUGACUGUCUAGAACUCAUUGAAAAGAUCUUAACAGAUAAUCCAGAUGAUCGACUCUAUUUAAUAAUUCAUAAUAUAGAUGGAAUAAUGCUACGGUCAAGUAAAGCUCAAAAUGUUCUUGCUGGUCUAGCAGCUAUUCCCAAUAUUCGAAUCAUAGCGUCUAUUGAUCAUAUCAAUGCACCACUGCUUUGGGAUCAUAUAAAACGAGCAAAAUUUAAUUUCUAUUGGUGGGAUGCAACAACGUUUUUGCCAUAUCAAGCUGAAACUGCGUAUGAAAGUUCCUUGUUGGUUCAACAGAGUGGUGGACUCGCUUUAUCUUCUCUUCAAAAUGUUUUCCUCUCCCUCACUUCGAACGCUCGAACGAUUUAUUUAAUUCUUGUCAAAUAUCAAUUGGACAAUAGCAGCAGUAAUUUCACAGGAAUGCCGUUCAAGGAUCUAUAUCGUGCAGCGCGCGAACAAUUUUUGGUCAGUUCCGAUUUAGCAUUAAGAGCACAGUUAACUGAAUUUAUAGAUCACAAAUUAGUACGAACUAAACGUACAUAUGAUGGUGCCGAACAUUUAACUAUACCUCUAGAUAAGGGUCUCCUUAAACAAUUCAUGGAGCAACAUGGAUCAUAAUUUUAUGAAUUUAUACAGUAUAUUGGCUUGUGAAAGAUUCAUAAAAUAUAUUUUAGGAAAUAUA